CUAGUAGUGGAUCAAUAACUGCAUAGGAAGAAAAAAUUACAAAAGGUUCUUCAUCCUCAUGGUGUUUGCUCUUCUCUUGCUUAUUCUGCAGUGGGCUGUUGGGAUGCUUGUGCUGAUACUGUGUUUUGUUGAGAGAAGGAGAUUUUCUGCUGAAAUUGUUUCAAAGCUGGGUAGUAGCUUUUCCUUGGCACCCUUUAUCAUUGUGGUGGCUGUGUGCACUUUAUUAGCCAUGGUUGCUACUCUUCCAGUUGCACAACUUUUCUUCUUCCAUAUUCUUUUAAUAAAAAAGGGAAUCAGCACCUAUGAUUACAUUAUUGCUUUGAGGGAGCAAGAUCAGGAGCAGGAGCAACUUGCUGUUGGUGGGCAGCAAAGUCCGCAAAUGUCCCAAGUGAGCUCUUUUACUGGACUAAGCAGCACCAGUUCUUUCAAUCAAUUCCAUCGGGGUGCAUGGUGUACUCCGCCAAGAUUAUUCCUUGAGGAUCAGGUAUCAUACUUUCAUUAUUUAGAAAGUUAUUGUGAAUGUAAUUUACCAUGGUUAAGAUUAUUUUUGAAAAACCUUUUAAUAAGAUUUUUUUUACUUAUGGUGGAAGCCAAGGAUAACGAUGUUUAUGAGGAGGAGCUCCUGGACUAUGAAGAGGAGGAAGAGAAAGCUCCAGAUUCGGUCGCUGCCAAGGUUUCCGGUGAAGCAGUGAAAAGCUACUAUAGAAAGCUCCCCGGCGUCCUCAUCGUCGUCGCAAUCUUCAUCUAA